AUGGAAAAUUGUUUGGUUUUUCACAUAAAAGUGGAAACACAAAAACAAGCGGGGAAAGAUGAAAAGGUGAAUAAUGAAGGUAAAAAUGACGAGGUUAAUAAUUCAAGUGGAAAUCAUAAUGAUGAUUUAAAAUCAAUUAAUAAUGAUCAUUAUUAUCCAGAAAUCCGUGUAUUAAAUAUAAAAAAAGAUUCUAAAAAUAGUGAUGGAUCAUGCGGUUUCAAUUUGUCAAGAAGUAAAUGGGAUCCAUAUCCAUGGGUGAGUGCUGUUGAUCGAAAUUUUCCAGCAUAUAAUGCCGGUUUGAAGGUUGGUGACUGCGUUUUAGAGGUUAAUGGGCAAGAUAUUCUGGGUCUACGUAUAUCUGAAAUAGCAAAUAUCGUAAAGACGAAACCGGAUAAUUUAACACUUUUAUUAUGGUGUACAGGAAGAGAUCCAGCAUGUGAUGAAAAUAGUCUUUGUUGUGGUCCGAUGCCAUUGAGCUUAGAACGCUUAUCAGCUAGUAUGCAAACAAUUUUGGCAUGCCUUGAAUGUCCUGUUUGUAUGGAUAUUGUACCAGCACCAGUAUCACAAUGCCAAAAUGGUCAUAUAUUAUGUAUAAAAUGUCGUAGUAAAUCAGAGAAAUGUCCUAUAUGUCGUCAACAUUAUAGUUGUGUGAGAUCUUUAAUUGCUGAACAGAUUUACAAUUCCAUUUUAGAUGCAUUUAAAUUAAAUAGUAAUGAUGACCAAAAUACUGAUGAUGUUCACUUAAAUAAUGCUGUUAGAUCAACCGGAAGGAAAUUACGAGAAAAGUUAUUUGGUGCCAAAUAUAAAAGAAAACAAGAUAAUCAAAAUGAGAAACAACAGCAAACAAUGCAAUUUGAAACAACAAAAAGUUUAGGAAUUUCAACAAAAAUAAAAUCAGCAUCAACAAUAGGUAUUAAUGAUACAACUAGUUAUGACCUAAAUUUAAAUGAUCAUCGAAAUACUUUAAAUAAAGAGAAUCAACAUCAUUCACAUCACGGUAGUGGUUCUAUUUUUUCUAAUCAACAUGGUAUUUUAAAACCAAAAAAUAAAUUUUUGGCAAAAAUAUUAGGUAAAGCAUAUUCAUUAGAGAAUCUAUCAAGUAGAAAUAGUGAAAUGGAUGACAGUAAUUCUCUAGGCGUACAAAAUAAUUCUAAUAACACAGUAAUUUCAAAUAACUGCAAUCACUCAAAGCAAUAUGAAAAUAAUGGAAGAUUUGAAAAAGAACAACAAAUAUCCAAAGAAUAUUCUGAUAAUAAUUAUUUAAAGUCAUUGAACUGUAAUAUCGAGGAAGUAAAACAAUUCUCUCAGUCGACAAAUGAUUUAUCAUCUUUAUCUUUGAAUAAACAUCGUCAACAAGAGUGUUUUCAGGCUAAUAAUAAUCUAACAAUUAUUGCAAUACCAAGAUGUCCAUCUUUAAAUCCUUUACCAACAAAUAUAAAAUCAACAACAACACCAACAACAGAUAUAAAAACGACAACAUCAAAUUCAAUAUUAUCAACAUCAAUGUUAAGCCGCCAGUCUGGUAGUUUAAAAGGAUUAAAUAACUACAACAACAACAACAAGAAUAGCUUUACAAAUACAAGUUAUAGUGAUGAUAUCAAUUGUAUUGAUAUUGAUAUUGAUAAUACUAAUAAUAACUAUGGUAUUGUAAUGAGCAGAAAAGCGAUAUCAAAUGCUUCUUUGAGUGUAAAUAAUUUACAUUUUAGUAGUUGUAAUACUGGUUUGAUAUUACAUAAACGUCCAUCACCAUCAACAUCAACAUUAUCAGUAUUGAAUGUGGCAGAAUCAACAUCAUUACUGAAUUUUCCUACAGAAAGUGUUGAUAAUGUUGACUUUACUGAUACUGUAAAUCAAAGUUUAACACUUUCAGUGCCAAAAAUAAAUGAGAUUAAAAGAUACCAUAAUAAAAAUGUAGUAGAUGUUCACAAUGAUUAUAAAAUUGAUGAUGAUGAUGAUGAUACUGAUUGUUAUACUGAUGUUGAUAAUAAUAAUAGUGAUUUUGGAAAGAUAAAAGUACAAAAAUUAUCAGAGGAUGUUAGAAAAUUUUUAUGUCCUUAUGAUUGUUGUGACGAUAAAUUUAAUUCAUUGGAUUUAAAACAUCAUAUUAAAAAAAUUCAUGGAAUACCAAUUAUAUCAUUUGGAAGUCAUACAGCUGAUAUUUCAUUACCAUUAAGGGAACCAAUGAAUUCAUGUAUAAUUGAGCUAGAAUUGAAUGAGAAAUUAUUUUGGAUUAAAAUUGAUGUCGAUGAAAAUGGAAGUAUACUUGCAAUCGCAUUAUUUCAUGGAACUGAAGAUGAAAGUUUAACAUUUAUGCUUGAAGGACAGUUACGAAAUCGAGUUGAUGAUAAAAUACUUGAAAAGGAGGCGAUAACCAGGUCAAUGGUCCAUUCAAUAAUGAAAAAUUCAUGGAAUAUUCAACAAAAUAAUAUUUUUAGAAAAAAUUUUAACCAACAAAAUAUUAAUAGUAAAUUAUUAGUAUCGUCAUCGUCGUUACCGUCAUCGUCAUCAUCACCGUCAAAUAAUAUAGAAACACAAAAUAUUAUUACACCAUUAGAGGGUAAUAGAAUUGUAAUGGAACAACAAAAUUGUUAUAAUGAUGAAUCUAAUGUAAUAUUAAAUGAUAAUAUUGUUAAAACAACAACUAUUAGAGAUAAUAUUAAUAAUACUGUUGAAAUUGAUGAAGCUACUGGUGAUGGUGAUGAAUUUAAUGCACUCAAUUGCAUUAAUAAUGAAACAAAUCUAAAAAAAUUAAACAUAGAAAAUUACAUCAAUAUCAAUAAUAAUAAUCAUAGUAACGAUAAUGGUAAUAAUAAAAAUAAUAUUGAUAAUGAUAAUGAUAUUGUUGAUGAUGAUGAAAAACAACAAGUGGAAAAUGUAUUCUUUCAUUAUAGCAAUAUUGAAAAUAAUCCUUAA